UAAGAUUGCAUCAAAGCGCUUCACGGUCUUCAACAUUUUAAUCUCUCUGGCUGUAGAAAACUCGAGUCGUUGCCGGAGCUCCCUCCUCAGCUCAUGUUCCUAUCUGCGAACGACUGCGAAUCGCUGGAGAGUGUUUCUUGUCCGUUUUACACUCCAAACGCGCAGCUUAACUUCACCAACUGCUUCAAACUUGGCGAACAAGCAAGACGAACGAUUAUCCAACAGUCGUAUCUUGACGGGUGGGCUCUGUUACCAGGAAGAGAAGUACCUGAAGAGUUCGAUCAUCACCGAGCCAGAGGAAGUUCUUUAACACUUCCUUACUCUGCUUCCUCAAAAUUCAAGAUUUGCCUCGUGGUUGCACCAAACCAUGAAAUCAGAGAUUACAGAGUGUCGCAGCUGUUGUGUCGUCGUCGCAUAGGUAAAUGCGAGUUAGACCUCUCCUCUGUCAAAGUUUAUCGUAUCCCUAGAUUUGGAACAGAGCAUCUGUUCGUCUUUCACUCUGGUUGUAUUGAAGAAGACAAAAGCAGUAGCGAGAUAGUGUUUGAAUUUAGCAGCAAACUCCACGACUUUGAAAUUGUCGAGUGUGGUGUUCAGAUCUUGACCGACCAGAUCGAAAGGAGCGCUAUGUGUUUGAAUCCAACGAAGCGUUUGAAAACGACUCUUUUCUGAGCAGUGACCGUACUGGUGGACAAAUCUGUUUGGAUCAUCUCUCCAACUUCGUGAGAAGCAAGGUAGGUAGGUGAUGACGUGGCUGCUAUGUGAGCUAAAAACAUCAUGGGCCCGUCACACUAAAAGCCUUAAUAUUGGAUUCACUCGUUUGAUGAUCUCUUUUUUCAAAAGAUAUAAGGACAAUAAAUGCAAUUUUUCCCAUGUC